GGCAGUUGCAUCAUUCAGAGGUUGUUCUUACUGUUCUGUGCUUCUGGGAGACAAACACUUACAGACCAGUAUGAUGCUACUAUGGAAGAUCUUAUUUGGAAUAUUUCUCACUGGACAACUCUGUCAAAGUCAAGACAUUCUUGAGGAGAAUAUAGAGCAGACAGCAUUAGAUGAAAGGACUGAGGGGGAAGAGGACACUGAAGAGCUUGAUGGUCCGGGAACAGAUGUCAUUCAACCUGAUCAUAGACAACCAUGUGCCAUGUGGAUGGGAGGUGUUCCUGGCACACCUGGGCACAGUGGUAAACCUGGAAGAGAUGGCAGAGAUGGCCAUGAUGGACCGAGGGGUGAGAAGGGAGAUAAAGGUGAAGCAGGUGAAAAGGGGGAUCCUGGACAGAAGGGAGACACUGGCCCUGCUGGACCAAGAGGCUUUCCUGGCAACCCAGGUCUGAAAGGGGCCCAUGGUGAAAGUGCUUUGUCUUACCAUUCAGCCUUUAGUGUAGGUCUGAGUGAGCUUGUUCCUGCCACCAAUGUGCCAAUCCGCUUCAGCAAGUUCUUCUACAAUGACCAGCACCAUUACGAUGACGUUUCCGGAAAGUUCCGCUGUGUUCUGCCAGGAGUGUACUUUUUUACUUAUCAUCUCACCGUAUAUACUAAAGAUGCUAAAGUCAGUCUCUACAUGAAUGACAAGACCAUCAUGUUCACCUUCGACCAAUACCAAGAGACCAAUGUGGAUCAGGCAUCAGGUUCUGUUAUCUUGCAUUUGGAGACAGGAGAUGAGGUUUGGCUGCAAGUCUAUGGAGAUGAAACAUUUGGGGGAGUGUAUGCAGAUAACACCAACGACUCUACUUUCUCCGGUUUCCUCUUGUACCCUGAUAUUCCUGAAUCUGCAUCGAGACGCUGAUGAUACCUUAAAUUAGUUUAGUUAUUUUAGCAUUGAGAGAUGUGAUUCAGUUUUUGCACCAAUCUAUAGUUAUGAGGUUCAUCAAAGUUUUGCAUGUAAUUAAAAUACGAAUAAUAUAUAUUAUUCUCCAGCCAUAACGAAUCUGCUUUUGUUCUUGAAUGCCUGUUAACAAGUAUUGUAUGUCUGCUUCCCUAUAAUAACAAAAGUGCUAAAUGAUUCAAAAUGAGUUGCCAAGUUUAGAGAUAUCCCCUCUAUAAAAUCAAUCAAAAUGUUACCAGACCAGUGGAAGAUAUUAGAUUUUUUUAUUUCUCUCUUGUAAUUUACCACUAAACAUGCAGCUGCAUCUUGGACAGUGGGUUCAAUUAAUAUAUUCACAUUUCUUUUCAUAUUUUUUUUUUAACUUACUGUAUCAUAUUUAAUACAAGAAUUUAUAAGACCCCUAUAUUGUCAGCAUGAUUAUUUAGCCUCAUUACCUAAAACAAUAGCAUGUUCAUUGUUCAUUUCUUUAAAAAAAAAUCUUAAUUUUAUUUGAAAAAGUUAAUCAUUUAAUUUUAUUGAAUAUUGUUUAAAUGCAUGGCAUCAUGGAGUCUAUGAAAUACCAACAUAUAAAAAAAAUAUAAGUGACUGAUUCUGUUAAAUCUUAUAAUGGGCCAUGUUUAGGUCUUCCAACUGUACUUCCCUUGUCCUCAUUUAAGUCACUUUGGAUAAAAGUGUCUGCUAAAUUAGUAGAUGUAUAUUGGUGCAAAAAUAUUUUGCAGUUAAAUAGUGCACAUCUGUUAAAUGAAAACUAUGCAGUGAACAGGAUUACAUUUAAAAAAUUCGAGAAUAUUGAGAUUAUUGAGAUAGCUUGAGAAUAUCAACAAGUAUCUCUAGAUAUUCUAGUGGGACCUGAUUGUUCAUUACUGUGUCUCAUAUCACACCACAGACUCUUUUUCUCAUGUUACAACCCAGCUGGCGCCAUGGGUCUCCCUUAUUGAACUCCCUUAUUGCCAUGGACAUGAAAGUCUAAUAUUAAUAUUAACCGACUGUGUAUGUUACAGCAUUUGUUUAAUCUUGCCAGGAUUUAUUUUACCAAUAAUAACCCACAGAUAGUGCACUAUUAUUUUACUUAAGAUUUCACAUCAAAUGCAUAUGCAGAGUUCAGUCAAAUCUGUAUUGGUCUGCAAGCAAUGAAUGGAUUGUCAAGAGUCUUCCAUUGGCCACUGUCCAGCCCCAGCAGCUGUUGCAUUUUCUAAUUUUAUGAAUUUAUUUUUAGUCUAAUUGGUGAGGACACCGAGGUGUAACAAGAUCUCUUUCUAAAACCUGGCCCUCAUUAAUUUAGGAAUGCCUAAAGAGACAAUUCACCCAUGAAUUAACAUUUGUCUUUUACUUAGUUUCAGAUUUUUUUUUUCUCUUUAUUAUGUGUCUAGUAUAGAAAGAAAGAAAGAAUUGGUACACACAAGGUUCUUCAAAAAUGAACUGAAGUACGACUAUAGUUUGUAGAACAAGAGGUUAAUUAAAUGACAAAACUUCUAUUUUUGAGUUUUGAGUUGUUUCUUUAACUGACAUGUUGUUUGAUCAUACUACUCAUAUAUUUGAUUACACUAUGUUGUGCAUAUUAUUAUAGUUACUGAAAAACUGUGCAAAUAAACGAUUUAACAUUAAAGUGAUAA